AUGGCGGUUCCUGUCCUCUUAACCGUAGACCAAGCGGUCGAAAAAACAGAGCAUCUUCUUGAUCGCGCCCGCACCAUUAAAGGUACCGGUGGCAUCGAACCACGGCUACCAUCGUCGGAAUUCAAGCGCGCAUUUGGCCUGAACCCUAGUGCCACUCAGGAUACGAAGAAUGCUCAAUAUGCCGUUAUUUCAAUUGCUGCCCGGCGAGUCUUCUACAAGAUAAUCGCAUCAACUCACAUCGACAGCCCCAAGUUUGUCGACAUGUGGAAUUUACUUGAUAUCCUGCUGGUCUGUGGUGAUGAUGAACAAUGCGAGACAGGAUUGAUGUCCACUCUCUUUGAAGAAUUGCUUGACAGCCAGAGUAUCGACGACUGCCGGGUUAUCUUCGGUUACCUAGAAUCAAGGAGGCAGCAACUCAUUGCGAAACACUUCGGUCCUAAGCAACAGAAAAACCUCGUGACCCUUCGAUCUUGUAGCGAACUGCUUCGACGACUUUCCAGGGCCGAGGAUGCUGUAUUCUGCGGUCGUGUGUUCAUCUUCCUCUUCCAAAGUUUUCCUUUGGGAGAACGCGGUUGGGUGAAUCAAAGGGGGGAUUUUCAUGUCGAAAACGUCACGACGUAUGAGUCGCAGACGCCCCCGGAAGGUGAUAAGGCAGAUCGUAGCGCCGACCAAAUCAAUCAAAAUCAAUCUCAAACCCCAGCCUCGGCAGACGUUAAUAUGGAAGAUCAAGAAGACGCACCCCUUCCCAUUGUCUCUACACCCGGGAAAGAUGUCGGCCGUGAGAAAGAUUCAAACCACGCGGAAGACACUAUCGAUGAAGAAACGGGGUUGAACAGGCUUUACCCUGUCUUUUGGGCCUUGCAAGAAGUGUUCUCGAAUCCCCCCCGAGUGGCGGAUCAGCCGGAAUUUGCCCAAUUCAAGAAUGGACUGGAGGCGACGAUUGAACGGUUCAAGGCAAUGCCGAAGAUCAAGCAGGCACGGAAUCUCGAUGACAAGCGUGGCGUGAAACGGAAACACGGCGAAUCCCAUACCGAGUUCGCAAGCAUUUUCAAUCCCAAGUAUCUAACGAGCCAGGAUUUGUUCAAGCUUGAGCUGAGCGAUCUCGCUUUCCAGAGACAUGUUCUCGUGCAAGGCUUGAUUUUGAUCGAGUUCUUACUCUCACUCACGGAGAAGGCUCGGAAACGGUGGCCUACGCUUCCAAAUCGGCACUUGCAGUUUGGGAUCAAUUUAAGUGAAGAAGAUACGGAAUGGGCCAUCGCAAUGAAAGCAAGGAUCGCGGCCUACCUCCAAGAGGGCCCAGAGGGGAAAUUUUACUACCGUAUGGUCGAUACGGUUUUGUCACGGGACAAAAAUUGGGUGUUCUGGAAGAUGGAGAAUUGUCCUCCAAUCGUGAAAGAUGCCCUGACGGUUGAGCAAUUCUUUGGUGCCAACACAGGUGCGGAGAAAACCUUCGCCCAGAGGCGUAUGCGAGCAGCGCCUAUGGGUACGUUGGACCUGAGAUUCCUGUCUGAUGCAGGCGGGACGGACGCCACCCAAGGGCUAGGGACAUUCGCACGGCAACCCCCACUAAGUGCGGAGAAAUACGUCAAAGGUGCACAAGGAGCUGAAUUGGAUUUGGAGAUGGCAACGGCGGAAGAGGAGAAAUCACAGCUGCAGGAUACCAAGGCAAGUCAGACGUGGAGAGCGCUUCGUGUGGCGUCAAGGACCAAACUGGGUACUUUCAACAAUGUCGACGACGAUAUUGGGAGUCUUUCGAAGCUUCUCGAACCCGAUGCGACCGAGGACGGCAAGGAGGAAGACAAGGAGCAGCCAGGUCAACAGGAGAAUAAGGAUGAAGCCAGGGGAGAGGAAGGAUAUGGGAUGACCAAAGCGGGUGAGGGGUCAGCUGCACCGUUAACCGCUCCCAUUGACGCUACAAACGGUACGGAAGUUUCAUCGCCAGGACCCCAGAGACACUCAGUGGAAGAACGGUCCGAAUAG